GCCCAAUGAACAACUAAUGUGGAGAAGCGUGCACUUCCAUUGAAUAUUGGGAUAAAGGUAGGCUAAAUUGUGUCAGAGUGCAACCUGUCAAUCUUCUUUCUCUUGAACAACCAGACCUAUUCCCUCACGGUUUUUUUGGAUUUCCAAAAGAAAAUUAAAAAAUCAGCCACCUAACAGUUUGCUUCUGAGGGAGCUCCGGCGAGAAAUCCCACGAGGUAGCUGCGAACAUGCUGCCUACAUCGAUUCAAUUCGGCCAUUAUCGCUGCCUUACCAAGAGGGUAACUCCAACUGACGUAAUCAAAACCCGAACUCAGAUGCCGUCCGCCAACAUAAAAGGUCUCCAAUGGAAGCGUCUGACAGAUUUAGGUCCAGAAUGCGACGACGGAGGUUGUGACAGAGGCGACUGAGCGACACCCACCCACCCUCUGUCGAAGCGGCCUCACCACUGGAGACGACGGGGCCUCCAGUCCGAUCCCAACGACGGCGAACCCUGGACGACCAAAUGGAGAAACCUCAGGGCAGCGGCGGGCCUGCGUCCAGCCGGUGUCUCAGGGUGGGUGGUGGUGGGCAGCUGACUGCAACUAGGCUGUGGAGACCGUUGGGUUGAUUUCUCUUACGCCGGGAAACAUCUGGCUGAUAAUUGGCUGGUAAGGGUGAUUUCUUAUUACUCCAAUACUCUAUCAAUUGAAAAUGAUUUAAAUUUUAGAAUUAUUUUGAUAUAAAAAACAAGUGUGAAGGUAAUAUUUAAUUUGUUUAAGAUGGCAACAUUUAAGAUGGUAAUAAACAAUGCUAAACAUGUAUUUCAUUUUUGUUAAAAAAGAUUGAACUCCAAUGAGCCUGAUCGGCUAAUCAGAACAUCUUACUAUCUUACUCCCUCCGUCCCUUAUAACUUUGACAACUUUCCUUUUUUGUAUGUCUCAUUAAUUUUGCCACUUUCCCUUUUAAGUAAAGAAUUUGUGGUUCCAAUUAAUUCUCUCUCCUCUGCACAAACUUCAACCACACACUUUUCACUUUAUUAAUUCUCGUGUCGGUCAAACUUGGCAAAGUUAUUAGGGACGGAGGGAGUACUAUAUACAAAAGGAAGUGGAAAAUCAUCCUAUUUUCCCACCUAAAGAUAUGGGUCAAAAAGUGGGUCGGGCGUGGUAGCUGCCAGCUCAUUCGUCUGUUCCGCUAUAUGCAUUGGGCAGUGUACUAAAGCAUUGUUGUGUGUUGAAGCUUUUAACCGAUGGUCAAACAAGUGAACUAAUAUAGCCAUAUAGGGAGCACUCUGCAUUACACAUAGAUAUAGGUUGACUAGAGAUGUGUUUGACUGUUAGUUGCCCUAUCUCUUUUUGGAUUUCCAUUAUAGCUGAUUUUAAAUCUGUAUCCAAGUUUUCUCGACAAAUAUUUGGCCGCCGAUUGAUUUCAAGUAGACUAGAGGCUUCUGGUGGAGGGCAUAAUUAAAGCCGGGCUGGGGUUUUUUCAUUUUCAUGGGUAGAUCAUCACCAACAUCUCCUUUCAUCAUUCGGCGCCGGAGACUGGUGAUGUGGCACACCGACGAUAAGAUCCAGAUAUGGCAAGCUUGCGCGCUCAAGGGCGAUUGUGCUCCAGCGUUGGUGGAAAUACAGUUUUGGCUACGCCAGCCAGACUUGAACUGCAGCAAGGGGUUAUUCAAAUGGUAAGAAGCGGCCCUUUUGGUUCCAUGACCAUCAGGAAGCUUCAACAACACCAGGCAACACUCAGAAAAGUUGAGCAAGUGAAUCACCAAGACUAAAAAUAUGUUCCAAUCAUAUCCACGCUCACCCAGCUUCAGAAAUGUUGUCGCAGGGAAGGUUGUAAUGCUUUUAUAUAAUGAGAUGAAGACGCCCAAGAGAAGAGAACCCUAUUUACGAUGAGGAGGGAAACAGAAAAGGUACAUUUUUUCUAUUAAAUAUUACUUUGGUCAAGUUAACUUUGAUUCUUAUUUGAAUUAAUUUGAUUUAAUAUACUCUGUAUAAUUUAUCUUUUUAGCCUUAUUCAGAGUGAUUCUGUUAAAAAUGUUGAUUUGUCUAUACCAAGCAAAUAGCUUGAUGGAACUGAGGCAGAAAAGGUAAUAUAGGCAGUCAUAGUAUGAUGUUGUAUUAUUUAUUCUUUGGUUCAUUAAUGGAGUUAAACCUAAUACUUUUACACCAGAUUAAAUUAUCUGUCAGUGAUGUAAAGACCCCAAUUGCAGCUUCACAGAAAAAAUUGGUUACAACUCUUGAUGACAAAAUUAAAGCAGGCUUAGAGUAGUGGAGUAGUUCUUUGGGUUGGUUGGAUUCGAUUUUGAUUUUUACUCAAAAAAUACAAUUUUGAUUUUUACUCAAAAUAAUAAUCUGUAAAUUUAUUUCAAAUAGAUUUUGUUUGGUUGGAUUCAAUUAGUUAGGCAAUCUGGAAUGAGUACUCUUGGUAACCUAUUUUAUUAGUCAAAAUGUUGAGUUAAAAUUCAUACUUUCUUGGAUCAACAGUAUUUGGUUGAGUUCCCAUCUAUGGUUAAUUAAGAAUAGAAAAUGGAUUAAUAUUUUUUUGAAUGAAUUGACAAGCUAUAUAAGAUGUUAUUAUAUGGAGCUAAACUCAUUUUCUAUAGUAUAACUACUCUCUAAUUCUACAUUUCUGCAUAUGUGAUGUUUGAUAAAAUGCUUAGGUCAAAUAGUAUUAGAAAAAAAUACAAAACAUGCCAGUUGAGUCACAUAUAUUUUGAGAGAGAUAUUUUAAUGAUUAUUUUACUUAGAUUCAUACUUAAAUAAUUUCCUACUUUUUCAGAAAACGGGCGACCCUAACCAUUUCCCUGAAGAUAAAGAGGUUGUAAUUGACAAAAAAAGUUUGUUCUAAGUUCAGGUUAAAAAGGGCCUGAAGGAUACUCUUACAAAGGCAUAGGUUCUUUUGGGGGUGCUGUCUAUGUUCAGAGAUCCAUCCAUUUUAACAUUGUAUGCGACCGACAAGGCUGAGAUUAACGAAUUGGAGGAAAGAGAGAUAGUACAUUAUCUCUUAAAAUAGAACUUUGAUCAAAUGUACUUUGAUUAAUAUUUAUCAUUUGAUUUAAUAUAGACUUAAUAUUUUGUCUAUUUCAGAGUGGGUGGCUCAACCGCAAACAUAGCGAGUGUAAUAGUUUAACUGUAGAAACUUAAACUUAAACUUAUUGAUGUGUAACUCACCGAUUGUUUUUUGCUAAAUUUAAACUUAUUGAUGUGUAAUAGUUUAACUGUAGAAACUCAUCCUGAUUGGUUUUUUGCUAAACUUAAACUUAUUGAUGUAUAAUAGUUUUUCUGUAGGCUCUGGUAUUUCUGUUUUAUGGUUAGUUGAUUUUGAAGGAUUAUUAAUUAUGGAUGAUCCGUUAGUUUGGCCCGGGGCUUCUGAUCUCAAGGUACGACCAGCAAUUUCUUCAACUAUUUUCCUUGGCACCGUUAGUUUCAUAUUGAAACAUUAUCUAUCUGUUGAAAUGUUGGCAAUAUAAGGUGGUUCUAUAAUUUAUUUUUCCCUUAUCACUAGCUUUUGUUGAAGUAGAAGAGAUCUUCUCAAUAUGCAGGUUAAACACGCACACACCAAAUCCUGUAAGUAGCUGGUGCACUCUUUAGUUAAUUAGUUAAAAAUAGUUAUUUUUACUUUUUAGGCUUUCAUCUUAUUCAGCAUCAGUGGAGUGCCCCCGACCUGACAUUGUCUAUUUAUCCUAUUAAAAGGAUGCACUCCUAUCUCUCUACAAAAAUCUUUUUUCCUACUAAAGGAGUAAAGAACAUGUAAGACACAAGUAGAAGUGAACUUAGAAAACAAGGAAAUGGUGAUGUUUUCGUACAUUGAAGCAUCAUGAUAUUGUUUAAUUUAGAAAACUUUUAUUGAGUAGCUAUAAUAAGUCAUAUUUAACAUAAUAUAUGAGAAAAAAAGAAAAUAAUUUAGGCAUAGAGAAAUACUAGGAAAUUUGAAACAUUAGAAAUGAAGCAGGAAAUUUGAACUAAGCAAGAAAAUUAGGCAAAGAGGGAAUUCUAGAUUCCAUUUUGUCAUUUGUCUUAGAUAACUUAAUACUGAGCAGUGUGAGUAUGGCAGUUUCAACAUACUAAAUGAGAAGAAAGCAAGUAAAGUAGACAAUCUACCUCUGUUACUUCUGUUAUUGGCUGUGUUGGGAAAAGAUGGUGUACUUUUUACUUUUUACAUUCUUAAAGUGGAAAAUCUACCUCUUACUAUAUACAAAAGGAAGUGUAAAAUCAGGCUAUUUUCCCGCCUAAAGAUACAGGUCAAAAAGUGGGUCAGGCGUGGUAGCUACCAGCUCAUUUGUCUGUUCCGCUGAAUGAAUCGGGCAGUGUACUAAUGCAUUCGUAUUUAUUUAUUUAUUUAUUUAUUUACAUAUUUAUUUAUUUAUUUAUUUCUUUCUAAUUUUUUGAAAUCAUUAUAUAAGAAAAUAGGAUGUCUGAAAUCCUUUGUGGCAUGUUUGCAGUAAUGCACAAAUCCCAAGUGCUGAUAAUGUGUCUGAUAAUGUGUCUGUAUGUGAGAAAUAAGUGCUUUGAAACCUUGAUAUAUAUUUUUAUUUAUAAUGUAUACUAUGAAAAAAUUGUUGUAUAUACCUCUUAACUCUUAAGGAAGCAUAAUAUACUUCACGGAAAUUAAGAAUGAUGUAUGCAAGGAUAGAAUGAUAUAUACCUUUAAGGUGGUUUAUGAACACUCUAUUGGAAUGUACUUUUACAAGUUUUUUUUUUGAACGGAACUUUUACAAGUUUAAAAAAAAAUUAUAAACGAAGUUGCUACAAAACUCAUUUUAGAUGUAUAUAUGGUAGACUUGAAUACACACUAAUUAACACUUUAGCAGACCAAUAUUCUGUCAAAAAAGUUGCAAUAGCAGAUCAAUAUAAACUACAUUGAGUAUUGUCGAUUAAAAUUGAUUAUAAUAAAUGCUUUUCUCACACAUCAACUUUAUUUACAAAAAUUCAUUAUACAUGGACAUAAUAUUUAAUCAUGGAUGUUCAUUCAUUAUUCAAAGAUUACAAAUGUUGCUCUGUAGAAUGUAUUUUUCUAGAAUAAAAUGGGUAUAACUACUAUCACAGUGCAUAAAUAUAUUCAAUAAAUCCAUUAUUUAUUUGUUUUCAUGAGCUCAUAUUUUUAAUUGAAUACAUUGUUGUUCAAGUUUUAAAGAAGACAAUUUCCUGUCAUGGCCUCUUAUGCAAUGACAAUAAAUAAAAGUCAAGGUCAAUUGUUGUCGCAUGUUGGCCUUUUAUGAAAAAAGCCUGUCUUUACACAUUGUUAGCUGUAUGUUGCAGAUCGAUGGUGACAAAUCGUAAGGGUUUAAAGAUACUUGUUGAUAAAACGAAGAGACAUCAUUAAUCUAGGAUUUAUUUUCCUUAUUAUUACUGUAAUUAUGUAUCUUUAGUGCUUCAGGUUGUAUUUAAUUGCUGCUGUCUUUUCAGUUCUCAAUCAUUUAUGUUUUGUAUUUAGACAGUCACCUAGGGUGCUGAAUAGACUCUCUCAGGAUUCCUAUCUGUAUAAAUAGCUUAUGUACUUCUUGUAAAUGAAUUCAAGGAAAUAAUAUUCAGAAAACUUCAUGGUAUCAGAGCUUGGUUUCGUCUAAGCCUUUUUGGAGUCAGUCUAUCACCUCUCCAACGGUCAUUUUUUGGGUGUCUCUACCCUUCUCUCUCUUUAAGUCCCGGUGGAGUCUCUUCAUCAAGGUUUUAUCAUGUCUAAAGAAGCCGAAUCAGCCUCAAGUAACCUUGAUCACUCAACCAUUGUUUCAGCUGCUACUGCAGCCGCGUUUGCUCUUCGAAACCAGAAAUUUGAUCUCCCUUCUAUCCCGCCAUCUUACCGUCUCAAUGGCAGGAACUAUCUUGGGUGGUCAAAGCUGGUUUACACUCUUCUACGUGGCAAAGAUCUUGAAGAUUAUCUCACUGUCUCUACCCCAGAAGAAGGAGAGAUUGAUGCUGCUAUUUGGGAGAAAACUAAUGCCAACGUACGGGUCUGGUUAUGGGACUCUAUGGAUCCCAACAUUAGCAGUACAUGUUUAUACAUGGACUCGGCUAAAGAAAUCUG